AUGGCUGCUGGGUCGUGGGCAGUGUCCAAGGGCUGUGUGGGUGGUAGUGUUGAUGAGUUCCUAGAUGAGGCCGCUCUCCCCUUCAAGAUGGCAUGGUUCCGUGCCCGAGUCCCGCAGCCCCAGAAGUGUCCAUGCAAUGAUUACCUCCAAUAUUCCAGGGCCUUUUUCCUAAUCUCUGUCCUCACCAUACUCAUUAGUCUUGGCUGGCUCUUAAGUUCUUGCCUCCCUAGAAGAGGAAGCAUGACCACCAACUUGGAUCUGAAGGUAUCCAUGCUCAGCUUCAUCUCAGCCAUCUGCUUGCUCUUCUGCCUCAUCCUAUUUCUGGCACAGGUUCACUGGCACACCAGGGAUGCCAUGGAGUCAGACCUCCUAUGGGCCUAUUAUCUUAAUUGGUGGAGUGACUUCUUAUACAUGUUUUCUGGGAUCAUCUCCUUCCUCAACUACAUAACAUUCAGAUCUCCUCCCCUUGAUCAAAAUGUCACUGUGAUUCCCACAGAGAGGUCAAGGCUGGGGAUUGGUCCAGUGACUAUAGUAUCGCCUGCUGAAGAUGAAGAGUCAAGGUCUGAGAUGGAAUCUCCAAGUGAUGGAGAGGAAAAACUAUCAAAUGCAGAACUAUCAAACACAGAACUAUCAAACACAGAAAUGUGA